CAAUGCAAAGUUAUGUUGUCUUUCUUUUUUUUGGUGUUAUGGUGUGUUUGUUUUAUAAUUUUAAUGUAAAGAACCAGACGUGUGUUAAGCCAUGUUGUGUCCACUGGGAUUAUUGUCACCCAAUUAAGAUAAUGAAAUAAACUUUGACAAAGACAUAUGGGCGUAUAACAGGUAAGAUGGCCGAAGUAAAGGAAGUGGAUAUUUACCGUGACACUCCUCUCCGUCUGCUUGGCUAUGCCAAUGAAGUGGGAGAAGCUUUUCGGGCCUUAACACCAUUAUGGUUUGUACGAUCAACAUACGGUGUAGCAUCUGCAUACGUGCUUGCCGAUACUUAUGAUAAAGCAAAAAAAACGAGUAAGCAACCAGGAUCCACUCAGAAGGCCAUCACACAUGCAGCAGUAGACACACUAAUUUGGCAAGCCCUGGCAUCAGUCAUCGUGCCUGGCUUCACCAUCAACCGGGUAUGUGCAGGGUCUCUCUUCACCAUGGCCCGAGCCAUACCAAAGGUGCCCCUCACCACUCGUAAGUGGAUUACUACAGCUAUUGGCUUGGGAUGCAUUCCCUUCAUUGUUCACCCAAUUGAUAAUGGGAUCCACUUCGUGAUGGAUAACUCAAUCCGUAGAUACAUGGAUCUGGUACCAAGGGAAGAGAAGCUAGAUUAGUUCAAAGCAAUCAGAUUAAAUUUCUGACUUUGCAUCAGUACGACUGCUCUCAACUUGGUAAUAGCCUUAUUAGUCACAGCGGUAUCUAAUUUUUUAGGGAGCAACAAUUUAUAGAGGUGAUAUACAGUAAUAACUGGUUUUUAUUAUUUUUCCAAACGUUUUGUUUUUACUAAGCAUUUAUAAAAUAAAAACAUUUGAUAAGGGUAGAGAGAGACAAUGUUUUCUCCAAGUACAGUAUUGUUUUACAAAUAGUGUACUGUAUAGGUACCUAUUGUGUAAGUACAAAUACUGUAAUGUAGAAUUGCUUUAAGUGGUCACAAAUGUAAUAGAAAUUGUUUGUGCACCAAACUUGUAUGCCCCCUAUAUUUGUAUACUGUAUAGGUACCAAUAUUAAAAUGAUUUUUUAUUGGCAGUUUAUUUGUUUCAAAUAAUUUAAUUUAUUCUAACUUUUGCCAUCUACAGUACAGUAUUGACAAUGUGUAAUGAAUCAUAAAAGUAUACUUUGUGAUGAGUUAAAUCAAGUUUUUACUGUAUAUAUUCAUCAUCAUAUAUGCUUAGGGCUUCCUAGAUGAAUUGAUACCUCAAACAAUAUAUUGGAAAAUAUUUAAGCUUCAAUAACAGUGAUAUUAGUCAUAAAACUUAGAACACAGACUAUCAGUAUAAGUAGAAAUUUUUUCUUAUUCUUGAGCUCACAUCUACCUAUAAUGACCUCGGGCUUUGAGGGCUUCCGCUUUCAGCAAACAGUCCACAAUAUGACACCUAGUACAUACAAAGGUGCCUUACUAUAAGCAAUAGGUAAUUUCUUUGUUUAGUAUUAAGAGGAAAUUAUUUUAUAAUCAAAUAUUUUAUUAUUUCACCAGUCUGGCUCAAUAACUGUGCUACCUCUGCCAUUAUUCAUUUGUAUGCAGUGAAGAGUGAUACACACACUGAAAAUGCCGUAUUUUCAGUUUAAGUAUUGCCAUGAUAUUGAUGGCCUUAUAUGGUUAUUACCCACAUGUAAAUGGUGUCUGGACAAAGCUGUGUAUGUACUACUAUACAGUAAUGUAUAAAGAAAAAUUUAAUUAAAUUUUUUUUAAAUAUUUUUGGUGCUUUGCCCUGAUCUACAUUGUUAUAGAUUAUUAUUUAUUAUUGUUCCUUACCAGAGAAACAAUAAGGUAGCUUUUAUUUGACCUCCAUUUGUCCAUCCUCCCUUUUGUACAUUUGUUUCUUUGUCUUUAAACAGCAUCAGUGAAUUAACUACUGCAAAAAUUUCAUAUACCCUGUACAGUACUGUACCUGUACUGUAUAUAUAUAUAUAAUAAAUACAGUACUAUAAGA